ACCACAAGUCAACUGAUGCAUUGGUGAUAUUAUUUCGGAAUUGUCCUGUUUCAAGAGACAGACUUUCAUUGCUUAUUGCAAGUGCAUAAGGAAUAUUGGUUAUCGCCAGUGCAUAAGGGAGUAUUGGUAAUCUACAAAAUAUUCUUCACUGCCUUACAUACUAAGAUACUUGACUAGUGACCAAGUGAUUCGUCUCCAGAGCCACAGAGUUGUCGUGGGUCCAACUGGCUGAUCUUCAUCUACACGGAUAGGCUGCUUCCAGGCUGUGCUGUUAACAGCGAACGCAUUACAGCACGGAGGAGCAAUGCCUUCCUCUGCCAGACAUAUCAGUCUUCUGCUAUUCGUUUACAUCAGCACACAUGACCGUUGUACAGUUGCGGACGUGAUCAGUGCUGGCUGUAAUGAAAGAUCGAACUUAGAACAUGUCUACAUUGAAGAUGGAGGUGCCACGAGGUAUCAGGUACGUGCUAGCAAGGGAUGCAGUGUCAGCUGUGCUCAUGACCCGCACACCCCACCAGUUUGCCCACCAGGGUUCUUUGAGAAGGAAUUUGCUCAUGGCUGUCAACAUUGCCUGGAUGGAUGUCCGACAUGCACCAACAGCUCCAGUAUGGGCGACUGUGUCCUUCACAAGCUGUUUCCCAAUCAAUGUCGGUACCCGGGUGUGAACGCGCAGCUUCCCGACAGGCGUUUUUACAGAAUCCGUCAUUGCGAAAAGUGCCACGAGUCAUGUGCAGAAUGCACAGGCCCACUAGCAACCGAUUGUACGCGAUGUCCUGCAAGCGGAGAGUACUGGCCUGUCAACAAACAGUGUCUGAAGAUUCGGUGGCACUUCACACAUGGAUCAGCAUACCAGUGCUUCCUAGCUGGUACCUGCUUUCCUGUCAAGUCGUAUGUCACAUUUGUUCCACUGCAAGACUGCUCGAGAUAUGAAAUUCAACUGUUCGACGAUCAGAAAUCUUGCGUGGAGUGCAACAGCAAGUUCUGCCAUGCUAACUGUAGCAGUGGUGCCCUGACGGCCGAGUGUGCGUUCCGUGAUCUAGGCAAUGGCUACCACUGUUCUAGUACGCAGUUCAAGUACCUACCCGUACAGUCCAGAGCAUGCAUUGACCGUGUGGAUGCGUGUGCAUCCAGCCCAUGUCUCGAAGAUUACAUGUGCCGCAGCACUCUUGACUGGCAAGGAUACGCCUGUGACUGUCGAAACACCACAGAUGGUCCACUCUGUCCAAAAUUGACCCGUCCCCACCCGAAGCAUACCAAUGUCCCUGCCGCAGAAGGUUCUGGUUGGGAUGUGCCAGAUAGCAACGCAACUGAGUCCAUCACCGAAACAAAGUCAACGCCUGAUCCUCAACCAAAGACUGCUCCACAAAGCAAAACUACUGAGUUAACUGCGUCAACUGAGUCCAACACCAAAACAAAGCCACCACCAGCUUCUCAAGCAAAGACUGUUGCACAAAGCAAAACUACUGAGUCAACUGCAUCAACUGAGGCCAUCACCGAAACAAGGCCACCACCAGGUUCUCAAGCUAAGACUGUUGCGCAAAGCAAAACUACUGAGUCAACUGAGUCCAACACCGAAACAAGGCCCCCACCAGGGUCUCAAGCUAAGACUGCUGCACAUGUCAAUAUUACAGAGUCAACUGCUUCAACUCAGCCCAGCACCGAAAAAGAGCCACCGCCGGAUUCUCAGGCAAAGGCUGUUGCACAGUCGAAGACAACGAUAAUUGUUGGAGUGUGCAUAGGCGCUGGAGUUCUCCUUCUCUUGAUUCUGGCAGUGUCCUACCUCCUCUUUAGAAAGCAUCGCCGGCCUGGCAAGGCAUACAAUGGUGCCAGGGCAAGGUUUGAGCGCCAGGGCAGCUCUAUUAGCAAGCUUGAAGAGUCUUCUGAUAGCACUGCAGAUGCUGGUGAGACUGACGAUGAUACUGCCACUAUCAUCUCCUAGCUCCUCUAAUCUCAACCAAAACCUCAAGGUGCUGAGUUUUCCAUCGACCUACUCAAUGUAACUUGUUGUGUUGGUCUCUCCUGGGUCUUUGAGAGGAGAUGCAACCACAAGCCGCUCGAUAGUCUCGUCUUUAUUGUAUCUCAAUGUGUCAUGCAGCCAAAGUCAACUGAUGCGUCUGUUUCCCUUUCUUUUGAAUAUUAUAGAAAAUGAUAUUGUUCAGAACAUUCUGCUGAGUGCAGAAAACGAUU